AUGUCAGAAGAAGGGGAGCAUAGGAUCGAGAGUUUUGGACCAGGAGUCCGGUAUGAGAAUGGUAACCGUCUUAUUGGGCUCUUACACGCCGUACGACAAUGGCAACUCCAUCUUCAUAAAGAAACAACAAGGUGGACAUGGGAGUCAUCCAACGGUACGACUCAUUUGAAGAUCGAUCACAUUCUCACCAACCGAAGAUCACCACCUGCUCCGAGCAAAAGUGCAAUUCAGCCGAAAGCUGGAGACAAAGAUCUCACCGUGUUGGAGGAAGAGAAGUCGUCAUAUAUGACGGCCCCUGACCACUUGCGACUGGCCCAUUGCCUCGAUGCCUCGAACAAGGAACUUGGAACGAAUUCUGAAAGUCACCAAGAAUCUGCUAGAGAGCAGGAGAGCACUGAUGCUGGUUCCGACUGCAUUACAUCUAGAAGAGUGGUAGCGAGUACCAGUUGCUGA